GCCGCCGCUGAGGUAUCCGCUCCCGGCCCCGCUCGGUCUCCGCCGCCCUCGCCCUCCUCCGGACUCCCUCCCCGGGAUGAAUUAAGCGAGCCGCGUGCUGACGCCGCCUCCGGCCUGGAGCUGGGGCAGCCGCCGCCCCUCCUCAGGUGUGAAUGACAGAGGAGGUGCCUCCAACUGCACUUAGUGAGAUAUACCUUCGUCUUCUGUGCCAUGAUGACAUAGACACAGUCAAGCAGCUCUGCGGUGAUUGGUUCCCAAUAGAGUACCCUGACUCAUGGUAUCGGGACAUCACCUCCAACAAGAAGUUUUUUUCCCUGGCAGCCACUUACCGAGGCUCCAUUGUGGGAAUGAUAGUAGCUGAGAUCAAGAGUCGAACAAAAGUGCACAAAGAGGAUGGUGACAUUUUAGCUUCCAGUUUCCCGGUGGAUACUCAGGUUGCUUACAUUUUAAGCUUAGGAGUGGUAAAAGAAUUUCGAAAGCAUGGCAUAGGUUCUCUCUUACUUGAAAGCUUGAAAGAUCACAUAUCAACGACUGCCCAGGAUCACUGCAAAGCCAUCUACCUGCAUGUCCUCACCACUAACAACACUGCUAUAAACUUCUAUGAAAACAGAGACUUUAAGCAGCACCAUUACCUGCCCUACUAUUAUUCCAUAAGAGGCGUCCUCAAAGAUGGCUUCACUUACGUUCUGUACAUCAAUGGUGGGCACCCUCCAUGGACAAUCUUUGACUAUCUUCAGCACAUCGGAUCGACCUUGGCCAGUCUGAGCCCCUGCACAAUUCCCCAGCGGAUCUACCGCCAAGCCCAGAGCCUCCUCUGCAGUCUCUUGCCAUGGUCGGGCAUUUCAGCAAAGAGUGGCAUUGAAUAUAGCCGGACAAUGUGAUUCUAAGGCAGGUCCUUCUCUACGUGAUGAAACGGACAACGGUUUUGCUCGCUGAUCCAUCCCAUGAACCUGGGUGCCCCUCUGUGAACUAGCCAAGACUUGGCAGAUCUUCUCAUCUUGCUGGGCUCUCAUUUCCCGUGUUGCCCCAGGGCUUAAGGAAGAGUUUGGAGGUUGAAAGUCAUGGUUCUCCCGUAGAUGCUCCUCCUCCUCCUCCUCCUGCGCUGUAGGUGAGCGGCUGUUCAUCCUCCAGCCAGUCUUUCAGCGGCUGCCCGAGAGACACCAGGUGUGCUCCAAGCCCUCUGCUUGGGGUGAGGAUGGACCUUGCACAAAAGAGAGGAAGACUGUGUUGAUUUUUUUCCUGAUGCUGUGACUAGGAGCAGAGAAGGCCAAUGCAGGUUUUCACUCCUUUGGUGUAAAAGUUGUGGCUUCAUAAGCUGCACUUCUAUUUUUGUCGGCUGCUGGGAAGCCCAGAGCUCCAGCGCCUCCCCUCUCACACGGGCUUCCUUUGCCUGGGGGUGGUUUUAAAUGAAGCAUCUUGGAUUGGCUGUUUCAUAGUGAAAUGGGUGGGUGGGUGUGUAUUUCUCAACAUACACUGUGUAUAUAGAAUUCUGCCUGUAGUCUGAGAUAGAACUCAAGACCUGUGGAUGCUGUGAAGGUGUGGGAAGAUCUGACUUGAGGAAUUCACCUUGCUGUGGAAACUCAGGAGCCCUUCACUUCCUCCUUUGCUGAAUCUUCCGGUGGGAGCCUGAAGUGCUUGCCUGUCAGUUUCCCCAGUGUCCCAAGGUAUAAUUGUGGAAAUGGGUCUCCCAACGAGGUUGCAGCCAGGGUUGAGGACGUACAGAGGAAACACUUGCUUUGCUGCAAGGCAGAAGUCUCACCUUUGGUUUCUGCUGUCUGUUGAGGCACCUUGGGGACCUUCAAUGGAUGCUUUUUGUUUGCCACGUUUUGCACACAACACCCGUUCCCCAUUUAGCUUUUAACCCCUGGCUCUGCUGCCCAAAGGUGCGUGGUGUAGCCCUCUGGUCCCUCAAGCGUGGGGUGGGGCACAACUGCACUGCACUGCCCCAUCUGGGCUUUGCGCCACAGCUAUCCACUAUGGCUGCCCUAAAGGCCAGUAGGAUAAGGUGCUUGGCUCUUGUGCAGAGCACCUCUCUGGAGAAGGAGUGCUUUGCAGAGAGCAGCACCGACAGGGUUAUGACUUCUCUGAUACUCAGGAGGCAUCUCCCCACUAUAUGACUGCAAUGAAGUCAAGGUGUGCUGGAUGCAGGGCAAACAGCCUGUCCCUCUGCUGUCGUCUUCUGGGAAGAGUUGCCAGCAUCCGAGUGGACCCUUGGAACAGUGCCAGCGAGCUUGUCUUCUUAACUAUGCUGCUCUGUGAGCCCAGAACUCUGAGCUAGGAGGCCCCUGCAUGACCAGAUGCCUCUUCCUUCCAGAAUGCCCUUUUGUUUACCCCCCAGUUGAGAUUAUACAAAGCUUGAUGAAGCAGCAGGUCUGAAUUUCCAGUUGGAAUUAGAAAGCAAUAUAGAUCCCACCGCAUUUGCAGUAGAAAGAUGCUGAGAUAUUGCAGUGUCUAUCAGAUGAUGAAGGGCCCACGGUCUCCCCUGCCCCAAAGGGGUCCCUUCCCCCAAUAUUGGCUUAAUCUGACUGCAUGCUCAGCUCUUUUCUGAGACUUGCACUUUUCGAUUUUAAGGAGUAAAACAACUCUUAGGUUUCCUCUUCCAUCAUGUUGCUGUUUAUCUAAUCGGAAGGAGGAUUCAGAAGCCUGGGCAGGUGCUCCCUCUCUAUGUAUGGCUUCGGGGAAAGAGCUGCCUCUUUAAGAGGAAGGGUAGACACAGAACCCCUCCACUGUGUCUGGUCACCUGGCUCACGAGGGACUGUGAUGGUCCACUUUCCCAAACUCAACAGGUUAGCCAUAGUGGUGCUGGCUUUGGCAAGGCUUCAGUGGUACUUCCUGCCAUUUAGGGCUUGAUAAAAUGUUACCUGCCUUCCAGUAACGAUCAAGAACCCCCAUUAUGCUGCAGAGGGCAGAAAUCUUCCAGAGCUUUGGCUCUCAAAUUAAGAGGCACAUCCCUGGCAGGCUGAGCUGACACUUGGGGUGCUUCCUUGCCCCAUGGAUUGAUUGCACUGGGAAUGCUGCCCUUUGCAUAAAAGGCAGGGAGGGUGUCAUGUCCUCCAAGGGCCCCCAAGCUUGGAUUUAGGAAAGUCCAUUUAAAUAACAAUCAUUGUGUGUGAUUUUCUUUUAAGUGUGUGUUGUGGUGGGUUUUUGUUUCGUUUUGAAACUUUCCUUUUGCCUGAGAAUGUCCUGAGCUGUUAUUGUUUCCAUGUGUAUUUUGGUUUUCUUUCCAUGCUUUUGUAUAGUCCUUGUCUGAGCUCUUUGUGGCUCUUGUAUGCCUGCCUGCCUGCUUGCCUGUUGUCUGUGCACACACUACUCCUAAACAGAUGGCUUCAGGAAAAAGAAACAAAAGGCCUCAGCUGUGGGCCUGCCCCUUUUGAGAAGACGGUGGUGUUCGCCACAACCCUUAUUUAUUGAAGAGCAAAGGCCAGCCAGUCACUUUAAAUGUCUUUGAUUAAAAGAGUUUGUUUUGUU